AUGGUCUCUCUGAUGACGGGGUUUUUUGGCGUUCUCUGCAAGAGGUCACGUGGCUAUAAGUUCAUAAAACCGGCCGUUUCUGGUUCCUCUGGUCUACCAUCCAGACGCUUCGAAACCAACGGGUUCGUGAGGAAACGCAGAGAAAUUGACGAGAAGAUGGUCCCGUGCGAAUCUUGCGGGAGCUCUUGUUUAAAUGGGCAGGGGUGUCUAGAACAGUCCCAAGGCAGUUCCAGGACCCCAAAGGGGUUACUUCAAUAUGGAGCCUUGGCUGGUGCUGCGGGAAUCUCCAGUCACUUUUCUGAGCAAUCAAGAAGCUUCUCGUCUGCAAAGGAAAAUGGUCUGGAACAGUACGUCGAUGUUCUGAAAACCGCAAAGAACACCAGUACAAAGUACACUAGACUAGACGACUUGAGUGAACUUGUCAAAGCGCUUGAAUCAGGACUUGUGAGGAGCGAUGGAAACUCAAAGUUUCUCUCGGUUCCACAACUUGUCCUCAGGGAACUCACGUUUAGAGCAUUCACUGAAAUUAUGCACUUUUUGAGAAGCGAACAUUUGGAACAGCUGAAAAGGGUCUUGGAUGACCCUGAAGCUUCCGAUAAUGAUAAAUUCGUCUCGAUGCAACUUAUCAAGAAUGCAUGCAUUGCAGCCGGAAGGUAA